AUGGAUAUUGUGAUUGAUGGUGAGUCUGUUAAGAGAUGGAAUAAUGAUGGAAAAUCAAAUCUUCUGAGUCUGUCAGCAAAAUAAUGAGCGCUAUGUCGCGGCACCAAUCGCGUCGCUGGAGUGAAAAGCAAAUUUUACUUUGGCGCAACACAAUUCAUUUUUCAGGCGGACGAUGAAGGCUACGCUUAUUAUUUUUCCGACAGACUGAUACUCCCUUCCGAAAGUGCACCUACCCCUAACGAAUUGUCGAUUUCUAGAUUCUGGCAAGCGUUACGUAAAAGCGAAUGCUACCGUUCGAAAGAACGUGUAAGAAACCCGGAUAGAGUGGGCAAUUCAAAAGUCCAACCCUAAUCGAUCGGUCGGCAUAGCCAAAAGAAAAUUUCUUGCCGCUUCAAAAGUGUACAUAGAGAUUUUUCUUUCGCCUAUACCGACCGGUCGACUAGGAAUGAACUUUUGAAUUGCCAACUCUUUUAGGUUUGCUUACACGCUCUUUCAAACGGUAGCAUUCGCUUUUGCAUACCGCUUGCCAGAAUCCAGAAAUCGACAAGUCAUUAUGGGUAGGUACACUUUUUGAACGGAGUGUAAUACAAACCAAAUAUCUCAACGUUUCAGGCAUUGAUCUCCACAACUUUUCGGCCUUAUCGCAGCUGAAAAUCCAGCGUUUUACUGAGAAUCUAACCUCCGCUCAAUACGUUGGAAAUAUCCUCCAUUUAUUUGUUAAUCUCUACUUUAACUAUGGGAUCCUGAAGACCUCUCUGAUGCAUCCAAAUAUGAAAAUUCUGGUCGUAAGUCAAAGACUCUCUCAAUCAGAGAAAAACCAUUUUUCCAGAUCACAAUUUCCUCACAAUACUCGGUCAUUGCCUUAGGCCGAAUAGGCGAAACUUUGAAUUCAAAAGUGUUUGAUCACAAACCGAUCGUUGUGACGAAUACAAUUUGCAUUUUCUUCAAAGUCCUGACGGACACGGCUAUGAUAACGUCGUGCACGUCUAUACUGUUGGUGGGAGUUGAAAGAGUCGUGACUAUGGUGCAGCGAAAAGGGAGGAUCGAUACGAAUGGAGUGUUGGGAUUUGCAAUGCUCGGAUCUAUGGUGAGGAACUUAUUCGGAAAAAAUUGGCGUGCGAGAGGCAUGCCUGGUCUUAAUUACAUUGACGGACCUGAUCCAGAGGCAAAAAACGUACUAUUUUGCAUCCGGGAAGUAUCAAAAAUGUGGCAAAACGCCUCUCUCUCCAAGUGAAAAACUCCGUUUUGAAGGUUCUCCUUCACAAAAAAAGCGGCCGCGCUUUUGAAAUCAGAGUUUUUUCACUUGGAGAUGGAAGUAUUUUGCUGCAUUUUUUUGAUACUUCCUGGAUGCAAAAUGGUACGUUUUUUGCCACUGGAUCAGGUCCUCCACUGUAAGUGCAAAAUUGCCCAAGUAUUAUAAAUACAAUUUUUUGAACGUCUCCAAAAUGAUUGCCCUUUCCAAGGGGACUCAUUUUGACCGAGCAUGUACGGCGUGCACCGUAAAGUUCGCGCUAAUUACGCGACGGCGCACAGUCCAAACAUGUCAAGACUUUUUGGCCGGCCUAAUGCAAACUCCUGCAAAUUUUAUCUCGCUUUGCGCCUAACACUUGUAAGGCAGAAAAUUCCACUAACUUUCGAAGAUUUGGGGCUCUUUCCUCCCUCACAACAAACUAAGCAUGGCUGCAAACCGGGCCAGCCCGGCCCGGCCCGGCCCGGGCCUGCGGGCCGGGCCUAAAUUUCCAAGCCCGGCCCGGGCCCGGGCUUGGAAAAUUUGGAAAGCCCGGCCCGGUUCGGCCCGGAAAAUUUUUGUACUAGGUUGGAAAGAAAGAAAGCAGGAAAUGAAUGGAAAAUUAUGGCACAUUUUCGCAAAAUGUAAACAAUAAUUUAGCAAAACCUAUACAUAGUGCAAUUGCCGCCUGAUUAUUUUUAUAAAUUACUAAGUCGCCAUAAAUUUUCUUACCAUAUGGUUACAAAAAAUCAUAAGCUUUUGUGUAGAGUCACCCAAAUUUUAGCAAAAAUAUUUUAUCACAGAUCUUUUGUCGGAUCUGAAAAAACCUACAAGGGUAUUGCGUAUUUUUGAAAAUUUUUCCUUUUUCCUUUUUUGCCAGCGUAUUAACUAUGAGGUCGCACUUAAGAAUUUUUGAAAAUUUUUUCAAAUAGACUGGGAAAUUAUUUUUUUAUUUGGGCGAGUGGUAAAUAAGGUCAUUUUACGUUCGCUAUCAGCAUUGUGUUCGAAAAAAUGAAAAAAAUCUAACGAAAACCCUAUUUUUCCUUUUUUUCCGGGCAAAAUCCAGAUUUCAAAAAAACCGGGCCGGCCCGGGCCGGGCCGGGCCUGAAAAUCGAAGCCCGGGGUCGGGCCGAGAAAUUAGUCGGCCCGGCCCGGGCCGGAAAAUUUUGGAAAGCCCGGCCCGGAGCCAUGCCUACAACAAACUCCGAAACCGUGCCCUACGAAAUCCCUCAAUCCUUUAAUUAUGGAGCGAAAAUAAUCGGGCGCUUAAAUUUGCCGUAUUAUACCGGGAUUUGCUUCCGUAGAAAUUACAGCGGAAGACAAUAGCUUUCUGAAACUGAAAACACAAUUAAAAGUUUUGAAACAUUGCAUUUUCAGGUUCUUUUCGGAAUAUUUUUUUCGUUGUCGACAUUACUGUAUGAUAUCUUCAUCGCCGAGACCUUCGACGUUUUCACGACCGCAACCUCGUGUCAAAACUUGUACACACAUCCGCUGAUACUACCAUUAUGCUGGUGCUUCGCAGGCGUGACUUUUAUAAUCGGAGUGUGGGUAAGAAGGUCACGCCUUAUUAUUAGUUGAAAUAGACAGUUAAAUUUUGAUUACUCUAGGAUAGAUCGGAACGUCUUUAAUCGGAGAAGAAUAAAUGGGAGACGGAAAACUUCUUUGCCAAUCUGUUGGCUAGGCAAACCGUUAAUUAGCAGUUUCAACAUACCACAACCAUGAUUCUUUCCAUCUUAAGCUAGCCGUGCAUUCAGCUAGCCCAUUCAGCCCUUAAAAAGUCUUUUUUUUAGGGACUUGCUGAGCAAACUGAAGGCACGGCAAGCCGAAAAUGGGAAGAAUCAGGGUUGUGGUAAGUUGAAACUGCGAAUUAAUGAUUCAGCUAGCCAACAGUGUGACAAAAAAGUUUUCCAUUUCCCAAUUAUUCUUCCUCGACUAAAGACGUCCCGAUCUAUCCUAGAGUAAUCAAAAUUUAACUACCUAUUUCAACUAAAAUUUCUCGAAAUUUUAGCUCCUCUACUACGUUUAUCGCCACAACAAACGAAUGUUACAAAAGCAUCUAAAUGACCCGCUGGCCAUUCGAUAUCAAUAUGCAACCAGCAAUGAGACUCUGCGAGCCUUAUUGCCAGCGAUUGCUGGCUAUGGAGUUAUGGUUGUUAUUGGAGUCAUUUUUUCGUUUUAUUCGGUGUAUGCGAUUUUGAGUACAAAUCAGAACUCGUUUGACGUUCAAAUGGCAUUUCAGGUAAGUGAAAAAAAUAUGCCCUAAGUAAACAAUAAAAAAAAAAAAAAAAAAAAAAAAAAUUAAAUUUUAAAAAAUCAGAGCUAACGCCCUAAUCCAAAAAAUUAUUUCAGCUCCUCUACAUGAUUGCCGAUUUCUACGGAAUUUACUUUGUCGUUUACUUUUUCAUUCGUUUUCGACCAAUGAAAAAACGGCUUCGAAAUCAUUUGCGACUGCUUUGUCUGCUCCCUCAGAACGUCGCGAACACAAUCAAGCCGAUUGAUCGAGCCGACCCGGUUCAACAAACCAAUGAGUACUUCCAUCAGCUUUCAAAUGUUUGGAAUUUGAAUGCCAAUGAGGCCAUAAAAGGGAAGGAAAAAAAGCCGGCGAAAAAGGAGAAAAAAGUCGAAAAAACGACAAAAACUCAGAAAAUUUCGAGGAAAAUAACUGCGGAUGAGAGGUCAAAUACCCUGUGA